CUUUUAAAACCGGAACCGGAAGUACACGAGCAAUUUUACCCAGAAGCCGAGGCAUGUUUUCAAAUCAUCUUUUCAUUUGAGAUAGCGCGGAAAUGAAACCCAUGAUUUAGCUUGCCUUUGUGAAAUAUCAAAGGCACAUGAAUACAGUCUCGACGCGUGUUAGUUUUUGGUUUCCUCGGUGACCGAGCGAUCUCCGGUCGUCUAACGUUAGCCGUUAGCUUGCGCUUCGUUGACGAUUGGCUGCAGAUAAGAAGCGACGACCAUGGCAGACCCUGCCCGAGUUAAAAUGGACGAGUCUGCCGACAGAGUCGCAGCUCAGGAGCAGCAAACCCCCGAGAACACGGAAGAUGAGAGUGAACCUUCGAAACCGGGCGACGAUGCUCGAGAGUCGACUUCAGACGGCCAACUCAAACAGGAGGCGAAAUCCGAGCAUGCACUGGGCGAAGAUGAGGAUGGCCAGUCUUCUUCAAAAAGAAUGAAGAUGGAACCACCGGAGAAAAAAAAGGAAAAGCGCCACAAGGUGGACGAGGAUGAAAUCCAAAAGAUGCAAGUUUUGGUGUCAUCGUUCUCGGAAGAACAGCUGAAUCGCUAUGAAAUGUAUCGGCGAUCUGCGUUCCCGAAGGCUGCCAUUAAAAGGCUGAUCCAGUCCAUUACAGGAUCAUCUGUCUCCCAGAAUGUUGUGAUUGCCAUGUCUGGUAUCUCCAAGGUUUUUGCUGGGGAGAUCGUUGAGGAAGCAUUGGAUGUUUGUGAGAAAUGGGGCGAUACACCUCCACUACAACCCAAGCACAUGAGAGAGGCAGUGAGGAGGUUGAAGAGCAGAGAUCAGAUCCCCAAUACCAAAUUCAAGAACAUCCUCUUCCAUUAACUUCAUGUGAUACUGUGGAUAUUAUUGCCACUGCCUGUAUAGUACUAACCUAAAGAUCGUUCUGACAUCAUGUGUUCCAACUUUGGACAUUCUGGGUGUAUUUUUUAUGUAUCAUAGUGUGUAAAUAAGUGCCUCAGGUUGAUGUUACCAGAAGCUAAGAGGAAUUAAAAGUUGUUUUCAAUGAUGAAGUUUGCUCUUUGUUUCUCCAUAAUCUCAAUAAUUGUGAUUAAAU